AUGGGUGAGCAAAAUUUUAUGAAUAACAUAAAGCCUUAUUUGGCUAUGGUGGCUCUUCAAUUUGGCUAUGCUGGAAUGUACAUAAUUAGCCUCGUCUCUUUGAAGAGUGGAUUUAGUCACUGGAUUUUGGUUGUUUAUCGUCAUGUUGUGGCCACAUUGGUCGUCUCUCCUUUUGCAUAUUUUCUUGAGAAGAAAACCAGGCCCAAGUUGACAAAAUCAAUUUUCCUCAAGAUAGUUGUGCUGGCGUUUUUAGAGCCAGUGCUCGACCAGAACAUGUACUACCUUGGAAUGCAGUACACGUCAGCAACAUUUGCGUCAGCAACUGUCAACGUCUUACCCGCAAUCACCUUCAUAUUAGCAGUCAUUUUCAGGUUGGAGAAAAUAAAACUGAAAAAGGUACACAGUUUGGCUAAAGUGACAGGCACUGCCAUAACACUGACAGGGGCAAUGCUCAUGACGUUGUACAAAGGUCCCGUCGUUAACAUUUUGUGGUACUCACACGGCGGCGCCCACCACAAAACCGCCACCGCCACUGCCGCCGCCGCCGCUUCCGAUCAGCACUGGGUCACCGGCACAAUUAUGUUGCUGAGCUGUGUAGUGGGCUGGGCCGGUUUCUUUAUCUUGCAAAAUAAAACAUUGGAGGAGUAUCCAGCAGAGCUGUCCCUGACAUCACUCGUUUGCGUUACUGGAAUGAUUGAAGGCGGGAUUGUGGCCGUGAUAAUGAAACACGACAAGAGUUCUUGGGCCGUUGGCUUUGAUUCUAGGCUGUUAGCUGCUGUGUAUUCUGGGAUUGUUUGCUCGGGAAUAGCGUACUACACGCAGAGCAUAGUGAACAAGAUUCGGGGGCCCGUGUUUGUGACCGCAUUCAGCCCGCUCAGCAUGAUCAUAACCGCCGUGUUGGGAGCCAUAGUCUUGGCCGAGCAAGUUCAUCUUGGAAGCUUAAUGGGGGCAGCCAUCAUAGUUGUCGGGCUUUACUCGGUCGUUUGGGGUAAGAGCAAAGAGCGUUCGUCUCUAGAGAAAGAGGCUUCCUUUUCGAGCCGGGCCAACGAGUUGCCAGUUGUGGACAAGAAAUCAUCAGCUCAAGAUCAGGAGCCAUGA